GAAAUACUAUCGAUUAAAAUCUAACCUCAAAUCUGUAAAAUAAUUAUGCACUUUUCUAAUUGAAUUUUUAUGAAAUAAAAAUCAAAUAAAAUGUUAAGAUCAAUAAGUUUUUGUGCAACUCAAUUAAAAACAUUAAUUAAACCAAUUGUUAACACUACCACGAAAAAUGUCUUGUCACAGAUUAAUACCACAGAUUUAUUUUAUCAACAAACAAGGAAUACGUUUAUUUUAAAAAGAAGGAAUAAACCAUUACUUAGUAAAAAGGGUGGAAAAAGGAAACCUCUUAAAUCAAGGCAUUUUAUUUACGAUUUAGUAAAGCAUGUCGAUACUUCAAAACACGAACCAAUCCAAUUAAUAUUAACAUCUGAUAUAAAAAAAAUUGGUGUUAAAGGACAAAUCGUUUCUUUAAAACCUGAGAAAGCUUAUAAUGAUGUACUCUUACCUAAAUUAGGAGUAUACGCUAAUGAAGAAAAUAUUCAAAAAUAUAUUGUAAAAAGUGACGAAGAGGAAUGUAAACUUCCUGUGAUAACUAGAAAAACAAUAGCAAUGUUAUCAUCUCAUAAUUUGUCCGUUUCAUUAUCACCAGAAGUUCCGUGGACUUUAGAAAAAUGGCACAUCAGAGUAGCCUUUCGUAAAGCAUUAUUUCAUGUACCAGAAGAAGCUAUAACGUUGCCAGAAAAACCAAUAUCUGGACCUGACUUAUCCAUCGAAGGAAAACAAUUUUAUGUCACCGUAACGAUUAAUAAUAGUGAACAAGUUAAAGUUAGAUGUAAUAUCCAUCAUUUGGCUCCCAUGGAAAAGGAUCGUACAUUUGUCGCAGAUUUUUGGAAAACAUUGUCCGAUCCUAUUUUUCCAGAAGAUAAACCAAUAUUAGAUUCUUUACCUUUACCACGUAAUCAACAAAAUUUAAUGUAAAAUAUAUCUAUCUGUAGAUAUACGUGUUAAUAAAUUUAUAAUAUUAA